AUGUCAAUUCACGACCCCGAGCUGACUCGGAGCUAUACGGCCGAUGCAGAAGGCGCCACUGCCCCGACACUUCAACCCACUCUCUCCAAGCUGCCCAGCUUAUUCCAUCCACCAGACUAUGAGGUCCACUGGGAACCGGAGGACCCCGAAAAUCCUCGUCUUUGGCCGCUAUGGUACAAAGGACUCGCUGUAGUCACAAUGAGUCUCGGCGCGACAGUAGUCAGUCUGUUCAGCACUUUAUACACGUCCGGAAUCCCUGGCCUGGAAGAGGAGUUUCACAUAUCGAAGAUUGUCGGCCUCUUUGGGGUCUUCACGUAUCUUCUCGGUAUGGCCAUCGGGACUAUUGUAUUCGCCCCCUUGAGCGAAAUCGUUGGUCGGCGACCGGUGUACCUGGUUUGCUUGAGCGUCUUUCUGCUUCUCAUUCUUCCGAGCGCAUUGUCCCGCAAUAUCGAGGCCAUCCUGAUUACCAGGUUCUUUGGAGGGCUGUUUGGUAGCGCGAUCAUGGGAAACUCUCCCGCGUCGGUGAACGAUCUUGUUUCGGAUCACCAUCGCGCGUUGGCCCUUGGGAUCUGGUCGAUUGGACCGACCAAUGGGCCGGUGUAUGGUCCGAUCAUCGGCGGCUUUGUGUAUGAGUAUCUGGGCUGGCGGUGGACGAAUUGGCUUGUCCUGAUCAUUGGCGGUGCAGUGCUCGCCCUGGUGUUUCUGAUCCCAGAGACCUACGCGCCGGUCAUCCUCCGCAGGCGAGCGGCCAAGAUCCGGAAAGAAACAGCUGAGCCCAAGUGGUGGACGAGAUACGAUGGUGACGAGAACCUUUCCAACCGUUUGAAAACCGGUUUCAGUCGGCCAUUCGUGAUGCUCUUUACCGAGCCCAUUUGCAUCUUCUGGGACAGCUACGUCGCGAUUGUCUACGGCGGUCUCUAUCUAUGCUUCGUUGCCUACCCCAUCGCCUUCCAAACCGAGCGAGGCUGGUCCCCAGGCAUAGGGGGCCUCUCCUUUAUCGGCAUCGGCUGUGGAGUAUUGAUCACAAUUGCAUGCGAGCCGUUCUUCCGCAUGCUCAUCAACAGACACCGGAAGGACCCAGCCACCGGGGCUGUACCCCCGGAAGCAAUGGCUAGCGUGGUGAUUCUGGGCGCCACGCUUCUGACGAUAGGUCAAUUGUGGUUUGCUUGGACAUGCACGCCAAACGUGCACUGGAUCUUGCCCAUCCUGGCGGGUGUCCCGUUUGGAGCCGGUACCGCCUGUGUCUUUAUCUAUGCUAGUAACUAUCUUGCCCGCUCGUAUGGGAUCUAUACGGCCUCGGCAUUGGCAGGCAAUAUGUUCUUUCGCAGUAUUCUCGGUGCCUGUCUUCCAUUGGCGGGGCCUUCGAUGUAUGCCAAGUUAGGGCUGAACUGGGCUAAUACGCUUCUCGGGUUGGUGGAAGCGGCGUGUAUCUCCAUCCCAGUGGUGUUCUAUUUCUAUGGUCAUCGGAUUCGGAAAGCGAGUCCGAUGAUUCAGGAGGUAGAGAAGAUGCAGAUGGGUGGCGGUGUCAUGUAG